AUGGCUUCCGAGAAGGCAAACAACCCCAUGCGGGAGCUGAAGAUUCAGAAGCUCGUUCUGAACAUCUCCGUCGGAGAGUCUGGUGACAGACUUACCCGUGCCGCCAAGGUGCUGGAGCAGCUUUCUGGUCAGACCCCCGUCUACAGCAAGGCUCGCUACACUGUUCGAACCUUCGGUAUCCGACGUAACGAAAAGAUUGCUGUCCACGUUACCGUCCGAGGCCCCAAGGCCGAGGAGAUUCUUGAGCGUGGUCUCAAGGUCAAGGAGUACGAGCUCCGCAAGCGCAACUUCUCCGAGACUGGCAACUUCGGCUUCGGUAUCAGCGAGCACAUCGAUCUUGGUAUCAAGUACGACCCCUCUAUCGGUAUUUACGGCAUGGAUUUUUACUGCUGUAUGACCCGACCUGGUGAGCGCGUCACCCGCCGCCGCCGAACCAAGUCCCGCAUCGGUGCCAGCCACCGCAUCAAGCGCGAGGAGACCGUCAAGUGGUUCAAGUCUCGCUUCGACGGCAUUGUCCGAUAA